AUGAAUAAACAAACAUUUUGGACAAUUGUAAACAUGAUUAAAGGUCAUACAAUUUUUAGCAAUCAACAAAAAUCAGUGGAAUUACAACUUUCUGUUACUUUAUUUUUGUUAGGUAGAAAGUUUACUAUUUGGGAUAUUGCGUCAAAAUUUGGUAUUUCAAUAGGAUCAGUUGUUAAAUAUACACAACGAGUUAUUAUUGCUAUUCAAUCAUUACGUUCUCAAUAUUUGUUGAUGGAACUCACAUUAACUUAUAUGAAGCACCUAGCAAAUCAUGUGCAAGGUGUUAUAGAUCAUUUAGGUCAAUUUAUUAAUUAUGAUAUUGGAUGGCCAGCAUCUGUAUAUGAUGCUAAAGUUUUUUCUAAUUCAUCUUUAUAUAUUCAACAACAUAUUUUAUUUCAAAGUGAAGAUUAUGUCCUUACUGAUUCCACUUAUCCAAUUUCAAAAAACUGCAUUUCUUCAUUUAAAGUACUUACUGGUCAACAAAGAUUAUUUAAUAAAAAAUAUAACAAAACUCGUGUUGUGAUGGAACAGGUAUUUUGUAGAUUAAAAAAUCAGUUUGAGUUUUUAAAAGAAGUAAGAAAUAGAAAUACUAAGCUUGCUACAAAAUUUAUUGAUAUAGUAUUAAUUCUCCACAAUAUUGUUAAAAGGAAUAAUGAUAUUUGA